AUGCCAUUCCCAUCUCUGCCGUCGACUUUCCAGCGAGCGAUGAGGUGGUGGAUCGCUCUGCGGUGGAGACUCUCACGCAGCGUGUUCUCGGUCCCAUUGCCCCUGCUAACAGUGGAAUUCGGCGUCAAACUCGGCGACUUGAUCGUCCUCAUCCCCGCCAUCAGCUACCUGGUAACAGCUACAGCACUUCGGGCGAAAGACCACGAUAUCAAAGGCUCCGGAGCAGCUCCGUCCAUCACAAUGAUGCUGGUAUUCCUCUUCGCUAUUCGGAAUAAUUCCGUGUUGCUGGUAGCUACGGGGAUUCCGUUCGAGCGCGUGCUGUUUUACCACAAAUUGUUCGCCUUUGUGACCAUCAUAUUGACGGCGCUACACGGUCUGGCGUAUCUUCUGGAGAAAGCCGACUCGGGAGACAGCGACGACUUACACCACGACCAAAUGGUUUCGGGGAUGGUGGCGUUCACGGGCAUGGUGGUCAUGUAUAUGCUGUCGCUGAACGUCAUCCGUCGCAGAUUCUUCGAGGUUUUCAUCCGCCUGCACUGGGUCCUCUUCAUUGUCGUGGUUAUCUUCACAGUGAUACACGGUGCAUCCCUAGUUCUGGUCGGAUUAAUCCCCUGGGUGAUCGACACUUUCUUCCGAGUCGGGUAUCGUCUGUAUAUCCACGCAAAUGGGUCGUUGUUCAAGAAGAAACGAGCUCAAAACGCGCAAAACCCGUCGGAAUCUCACCAUAAGCCGCGACGCGGGGUUAUUGCGCGUGAUCAGUUCACGAUAUGUGCGAUGCCGGGGAAUAUCACGCGCAUCAGCUUCCCGCGCGUCCGGUACGACACUGGCGAGUCCUUCAAGUAUGAAGCGGGGCAAUACGUCUUCAUCUGCGUCCCCAAGAUCUCGCUACUGGGGUGGCAUCCGUUCACGAUCUCCUCUUCUCCUCAUGAAGUUCUUGUCACCAUCCACAUCAAGGCACUGGGAGACUGGACCAAGAAGCUGCUGGCGGCUGUGCCUCUCACGUCGGACGGGAGUCACCACGUUGUACCAGCGCCGUUCCCCAUUCUCGUCGACGGGCCCUACGGCAGCGUCUCUAUCGACAUUGAGAAUCAGACUGCGUACUCUCACGUCGCGCUCUUCAGUGGUGGCAUCGGUAUCACGCCCAUGCAAGCGAUUGCGAACCAGCUCUUCUUCGACUUCCACCAUCGAGGACGACAGGCACUUAAGAAGGUGCACUUUGUGUGGGCGGUGCGUGAGCGCAGCAUGGUUGAGGCAAUGAUGAACGCCGAGUUCGCAGAGGACCGGAAGCUGCUACAGGGCCACACUCCUGCGUAUCUCCCGGACGACCUGCUGUCGGUUGAUCCGAAUGGAGGAAGCACGUCCCCCGACGAUGUAUUUAAGGCGGAAUUUUACUUGACAAGAGGGCAGCCGGACCCUGAGAACCCGAUUGACCGCCAUCUCCAGCACUGCAUGCGAUACAACACCCGUCCUGAUGUCGCUGAUGUGUUGAAAUCGUUGGGACAAGAUGCCCAGAAGCACGGCAAGAAGCGAGUUGCUGUACUUGUCUGCGGACCUUCCGCGCUGGUACGAGAUGUCAUUAACCAGGCGAUGAAACUCGAACGAACCUCCAAGAUCAAGUACGAUGUCCAUACCGAGUGCUUCGACUUCUGA